AUGAGAAGCCCUAAUGAGUUUUCUUUGACCCUCAGACCCCCUUUUUCUCCUUUCAAACCUUCGAAGAACACGGCCUUGGUGAAAGGGUCUCUCAGAGAAACUUGUUUUUGGUCUGAAAACUUAAUAAAACUUAUAGAAGAAAAAAAGCGAUCCUACCAGAAAUGGCUCAGUACCCACAGCGACCACGACAGAGAAGAAUAUGCAAGAUUAAAUAGAAUAGUUAAACGCGAAGUAUCUAAAAGCAAAAACAAAAUAUGGGAAACCAAAUGUGAGAGAGUGGAAAGAUAUAUGGGAGGUACAAGAGUGUCAGAAGCGUGGAAGACAAUAAGGAACCUUAGAAGAGACGAAAAGCAAAAUAGUAAACUAGAACUUAUAAGCAUGGAAAAGUGGGAAGACCAUUACAAACAGUUACUGACAAAAAACAGGACAGAAUUCAAACUAGAAGUGCCAGAUUUGAAAAACGCAAAAGAUAUAGAUGUAAAUGAAAUAAGUGUAAACGAGAUAAAGAAAGCAUUGAAGAACUCAAAAAAUGGAAAAGCUGCGGGGCCGGGAAACUUUUUAAUUGAGCUAAUAAAGCAGGGACCCGAUAUAUUAUUGGAAAUACUAGCUGAUAUCUUAGAUGCCUGA